AUGUUCGAAACCAAGAUCUGGUGUCGCAAGUGUAUCGUCUGCCAACGCAUCGAUGAGAUCGAAUACUCCAACCAUCAGGAUGGCUGUGGAUCAUGCGCUGUAGUUCGCACUACUCUUCCUGACCAGUCUCUUCAGGGUGUAGACGAGAAUUACCGCUGCCGAAGCUGUCGUUCCAGACUGGCUUAUGAGAGUCAUGAGCUCAACAACCAGAUCAUGGAGGCUCGCGAGGAGAACAAGUAUGGAUCUUACAGACACUUGUCUUCUACCGAACUUGCGCGCACUGCGAUGGUCAAUUUCGCCUCUAGGAAACAGCGGAAUUCCUUCCAGACUGCGACGACUGCGGCACCUUUGGGCGAGGUGCUUGCAAUGAUGGUGUUACUCUGGCGCUAG